CGAUCAGAGGCGCCACUCUCAUCACCUACGCCUUGGGAGCGCGAAAAAUAACGGAGCCGCCCACGUGCAGGGAAAGCAGCGCUCCUGACUGCCGCCGCCAGCUCCACCUUCUUGACUCCGUAGCUCCGCCCCCUAGCUGAUUGGCGGAUAGCGGGAGGCCGAACUGGUCACGCCCCUUCUGUGAAUCGCGCCGCCGCAGUAGCGAGAACCAAGCCCGCCGGGGGAAGGAGGCAGUCAGUAGCGCGAGCCUCUCGAGGCGUUCGAUAGCGGAGCGGACAGCUGGUUGGUGCUUGGACCACGCCGCGGCAGCAGGUUCCCUCCACGUGCUUUCCGAGGCGCCAUGGAGCUGGAGGAGUUGGGGAUCCGGGAGGAAUGUGGUGUGUUCGGGUGCAUCGCUUCUGGAGACUGGCCCACGCAGCUCGAUGUGCCGCAUGUGAUCACUCUGGGACUCGUGGGGCUACAGCACCGAGGUCAGGAGAGCGCUGGUAUUGUGACCAGUGAUGGGAGUUCAGUGCCUAAAUUCAGGGUGCAUAAGGGGAUGGGUCUCGUAAACCAUGUUUUUACCGAAGACAAUUUGAAGAAAUUGUAUGUCUCAAACCUCGGAAUCGGACACACAAGGUACGCCACCACUGGGAAGUGUGAGCUGGAAAACUGUCAGCCAUUCGUUGUUGAGACGCUUCAUGGGAAAAUAGCUGUGGCCCAUAACGGGGAACUGGUGAACGCAGCUCGGUUGCGGAAGAAGCUUCUGCGGCAUGGCAUUGGGCUUUCCACGUCCUCUGAUAGUGAAAUGAUUACCCAAUUGCUCGCAUACACCCCUCCUCAAGAAAAAGAUGAUGCUCCAGACUGGGUGGCAAGAAUUAAGAACUUAAUGAAGGAAGCACCCGCAGCAUACUCCCUGGUUAUAAUGCACAGGGAUUUCAUUUACGCGGUGCGAGAUCCAUAUGGAAAUCGUCCUCUCUGCAUCGGCCGGCUUAUGCCAGUCUCUGAUGUAAAUGACAAAGAGAAAAAAUCCUCAGAAACUGAAGGAUGGGUGGUGUCUUCAGAGUCUUGCAGCUUUUUAUCCAUCGGUGCGAGAUAUUGCCAUGAAGUCAGACCUGGAGAAAUUGUAGAAAUAUCCAGACAUGGUAUCAGAACUCUUGAUAUAAUUCCAAGGUCUAACGGAGACCCAGUGGCUUUUUGUAUCUUUGAAUAUGUUUAUUUUGCAAGACCAGAUAGUAUGUUUGAAGACCAAAUGGUUUAUACAGUAAGGUACCGGUGUGGUCAGCAGCUGGCAAUUGAAGCACCAGUGGAGGCGGACUUGGUUAGCACAGUUCCAGAAUCUGCUACACCUGCAGCUCUGGGAUAUGCAACAAAGUGUGGGCUGCCAUAUGUGGAAGUGCUGUGUAAGAACCGGUAUGUAGGGAGAACCUUCAUUCAGCCAAACAUGAGGUUAAGACAACUUGGUGUUGCAAAGAAAUUUGGCGUGUUGUCUGACAACUUUAAAGGCAAAAGAAUUGUUCUUAUAGAUGAUUCAAUUGUGAGGGGCAAUACUAUCUCACCCAUCAUAAAACUCCUCAAAGAAUCCGGUGCGAAAGAGGUGCACAUUCGGGUCGCUUCACCACCAAUAAAAUAUCCGUGCUUCAUGGGAAUAAACAUUCCUACAAAAGAAGAGCUCAUAGCCAAUAAACCAGAAUUUGAAUGUCUUGCAGAGUACCUCGGGGCAAACAGCGUUGUAUAUCUGUCAGUGGAAGGACUGGUUUCAUCUGUGCAACAAGAAAUAAAAUUUAAGAAGCAGAAAGUGAAAAAACAUAUUUCAGUUCAACAAAAUGGAAAUGGUUUGGAAUGUUUUGAAAAGUCGGGACACUGUACAGCUUGUCUAACUGGACAGUACCCUGUGGCCCUGGAAUGGUAGCUGCCUGGACAGAUGUGUUGCUUCCAGACUGAAAGGUCAUCAAGAAGUGGUUUACAUACUGUUGUUACUCAGUCGGUACCACGUGGAUACCACAUGCUUAUGUAUGUGUACCUUAAGCUUUGAGGUCUUCUGAGGUUAUUAAAUUGCUAUAUUGAAC